GUGCAAUAAAGUUAUUUGUAUCCUGACCCUGUGACACCUAUCCCUUGCUGAGGUUGUUUCCUGUUAUGCUGUCAUUAGGCUGUCAAAACAGGUAGUCGAGGAAUUCUCCAGCAAGGCACGGAGUGACAGAGCAACGAGGAAAUUCCUGUCACUUUGGCUUCCAUGGUUGCCGGGUAACAGCUGGGCUUGGCCAAGAAAAAUGAUCUUAUGCAGCCUCUGUGUCUGUAUAUAUAGAGAGGCAGCUUGCAUAGCACAGACAAAGCUGCAAACAGAAGAACGAGUGGGACCAAAGAGAGACGGCAAAGAACAAAAAGUCUACUGCAACCAUGGGCAUGCUGCUGAGUCGGCUCUAUCAAACUCUAAUGAGCUUUUCCGGUACCAAGGCUCGAAUCCUUAUGCUGGGUCUGGACGCAGCUGGGAAGACCACAAUGCUAUACAAGCUGAAGUUGAAUGAAACGGUCUGCACCAUCCCCACCAUUGGAUUCAACGUGGAGACCGUGGAGCCCAUCCGGAAUGUGUCCUUCACCGUCUGGGAUGUCGGAGGCCAGCAAAAGAUCAGAGCUCUGUGGAAGCACUACUUUGUUAACACAGAUGGACUGGUGUUUGUGGUGGACAGCGCCGACUGGGAGAGGUUCCAAGAAGUCAGGGAGGAACUGGUUGCCAUCUUGGAAAAUGAUGAAAUGAGAGGGGUGCCAUUUGUGGUAAUGGCCAAUAAGCAGGAUCUUCCUGGUGCCAAAAGUCCAAGCGAUGUGGCAGAGGCGUUGGAGCUGAAGAAAAUUCAAGGACACCAGUGGCAUGUUCAGGGGUGCUGUGCAGCCACUGGGGAUGGACUUGUGGAGGGGCUGGAGGGGCUCACAAACAUGGUGAAACAGUUCCAAACAAGAAAACCUUACUGAGCUGGGUGUCCUUCAGCCUCCUGUUUGACACAAGUAUACAGAAUAUUCACCACGGCAAGGCAAGACUAAACCAUGGCAUGAUUAGUGCUUGAAUAAUACCAGCAGCUGCUGUCCGAUUAAAAAGCUACUCACCGGAUCAGCUGGAGUCACCUGGACAUUUAAGUCUUUAAGAUCUACUUUUGAGGGUAAUGGAACUUGACUAAUUUGUGAAUUAAUCUGUUGUACUGCAUUACUCACUUUGCUGUUAUACAUUUCUGUGAUGAAGGCUCUAAUUUCAUGUACAAUUUAUUACAUUGUAAUUGUCUUACAUAUUCAUCUUCAAUCAUAAAAUGUUUAUUUUUACAAACAA